AUGAGAAGUAUUAAUGACAAAAAGGAGAACCUAAAAGAUGCAGAUCGACAUUGUGAACUUGCUGGGAAUCCUCUGAAGAUAAAAAGCACCAGAAAGCCACUGUCAUGUAUCAUUGGGUAUUUAGAGAUACAUCCUGCUGUGAAACCCAAUGUAAUCAGGUCAACACCAAGCCUUCAAAGUCCAAGUGCAAAACGACUGCUUGCACCCUCCAAUCACUCUUCAUUAAGUAUUUUGGGGAAAAGAAACUACAGCCAUCAUAAUGGGCUUGAUGAAUCGUCCAGCCAUACAACAAGAACAAUCAUGCAUGCUGCUCCCCACAUCCACAUGACCAAUGGCAAGGCCUUGCAAGCCAGUGCAAGUGCCAUUAAGACAAGCACCAUUCCAGUGAUCAAGAGGCAGAGGCAAAAUUGGCUUGAUGCUUCAGAUGAUGGUUUCUUUAUAGCUACAGAAGAGACCAGUGCUGAAGCAGUUAGAAACCUUCUCACGAAAAAUCCGUAAGAAGUUCACCAGAUCACAGCUGAAAAGAGCUUCCAGAACACCUUGUUCUCCGAUCAUUGCAAAGACAAAGUCUCUCAUGAACAAUAGGCAGGCCCGAACAGAGCCAGCACCCAUCACACUCUGAAGAUAAAACAGCAUCAGCACCAUAACAAUGUCAAAAUCAUGUUUAAUUGUGAAUGCAGACAAAACAGGACUCCCCACAUCUCUGAGACAGAAACAUUGUGUGGACAUCCUGUGGCUGGGUUCUGUGUUCUGGGCAGGAUCCAAGAGCAGCCCUUGUUUUCCCUCAUCUCUGCAAGGGCUACUUCUGGUUCACUGCACAGGCCUAUCCUGGAUUCCUUCCAUUCUCAGACAUCAGUGUUGGCUGGUCAGGGAGGGGCUGUUUGCACUGGUCCCACUGAAUGGAUGCAGAGUCCACCCAUCACAUUUGUUUAUGCCUUCUAGUGGCUCAACAAAAACAUGAAGCUUUCAAAACUAUUGCGGUUUUGAAACAACUAAAGCAGGAUUUAGCCUUGAGGGGUUGCAUUUUCAAACAGAACUGCAAACUUGGAGUGUUCAUAUUUUUUCAGUAUUUGCUUGAGUCACCUUGGACUUGAUUUUCUAAACUGAAUGUCCACAGGGACAAGGUAUUGUUCAGCAGUUCUGAAACUUAGACUGAAUUAGGAGAUGCCCAUAAUUAGUGGCCAAUUUUGGCCAAAUAUGGUCAACAAUAUGUUGGCCAUAUUAGAUUUGGUUCAAAUCCUGGAAAGUAUUAUGUGUGACAGUGAACAUCCAGCUGGACUAGCUGCAUGUGUAGGAACUGGUCCCAUUGUCUCUAUAUUUGAAAGCAUCCUCCUGUUUUGCAUUUCUUGAAGUCUAUUCUGAAUAGUGAAAACCAGCAGAACACCAUUCCCAGAAAACAUGAAGAAAUAGGUUAUUUCCUAUUAGUAAUGUCUCUCCAUAAAAUAAUUUCUACAUUUUUAUGUCUGGAUAAAAAGAGGUCUUGCAGAAUGCUUUGAGUUCAUAAAUGUAAGGCUACAGAUGGACACUUACCAUGGAGAGACGAUGUGCCUUUUGAAACUAUUUGUAGGAAACUGUCAGUCUCCCUGAAAGUGGAAAUGGCAACAGAGGCAGGUCUUUUUUUCUACUCAGGUACUUACAGGUGAACAAUCUCUGCCCGACUUUGAAAUCCAGAGAAAACCAGUGUGUAGCACUGCGGUGUGAACCUAGUUGGCAUAUGUUCAUCAUCUGAGGCAAGUUGUCCUUCAAUAGGUUUGGAUUCCAUAUGGCUUUUGAAGAUGUGGUCAGAGACUGAACAUGUCAUAGCAAACUGAGAUGAGCUUCAAGACAUUUUUUUUCCUCUCUUCUAACUAGGUAGCUCUAACAGUAUAGUACAGAUGUGAGGUUUUCAUCCAGUUGUAGAUAUGCACCCAGAUUUGUGGUUAGAAAGACAAGGAUGUAAGAGACAUCUCACACUUCUGGGUGAUCCCCCCGAAAUUAUUUCCCCCCAUGCAUUUUAUUGUUUCAGUCUGAAACAGCGUCUCAGCCUAAAACCAACCAUACUCCAUGUGGAAUUUUGAGCUCCUAAGAGAGUGAUCCAGAUGCUUCUUGAAAGAAGAAAGCACCCUGACCUCUUGAAGCCACUUGCUGAUGAUUUUCCAUAAUGAUGGAUCCAGGUCUUGUCUACUGUCCCUCACCAGCAAGAAACGGGUGGAUAUGAAAAGAGGUUGAUGACAUGAAGUGCUUGAACAUUUUAGUGAAUGUCAUUGAUUCAGACUCAGUUGGAGAAGACCUGGGAUUCAUCUGCCUACAGUACUUUCCAGUACCCACUGAAAUGUGCAGCCCUAGGAGUUUCUUCUAGGCACAGGAUCUGCUUUUCCCUCUAAACAGGAGGGCUUUUUAUCACAUUGGAGACAACCUACUCUUAUUAGUAAGAAUUGCCUUUAUUAACUGCAACAUAUGGAAACACCUUCUGUAUAAUAGCUUCCUCACUCAUUAGAAUAAAGAAAACAUGAUUAUUCAGCAAUCUGUUUGACUGAAAGUAUGAAAAACAUGAACAUAACGAGCUUUGUCUCCCUCAGACAUCAGUGAAAUCACACACCGCAGACUCAUUUUCAAAGUGUUGUUAGCUGUAAGGUGGUAGAUUUUUUUACCCUGCCUUAUUAAGCUUGUACUCAAAUGAUUUCUUUUAGUCAGUGUGCUCCAGUGUCUAGACAGUAUUUUGUAAAAGCUCUGUGUGUUUCUGCUUUUGACAAAAGUAUUAGUAUCUGUAAUAGUCUGACGUGAAGUCAUUUUUCCUUCUUUCUCUCUGAGGAGAGAGAGGCUGGUGACAGAGCUCCCUGUCAGCAGCCAGCCGCCUGAUACCAUCAUCUUUUGCAUCAAAUAGCCAAGGUAAGGAAGACUCCUCUGCAGCUGCAAGCUGAGGUGCUUCUUCUGGACACAAUGGAAAUAAUGUUCCACCUCUGCCCAGCAGAGCCAUUUCCCAGAUUGCAGCCUUGGAGUGGCUGAGGCAUGGAGGAGAUGGAUUGCUGGAAUAACUUCUGCUCUGCCCUUCAACUGCUCUGCAUGCAGCUGCUCUGAGCUCCUCCCUCCUACACUGCACUCAGUGCACGGAGAAACUGCACACCCUGUAUUGCACCUUAGUUUUUACCUGCUCUCUCUUCAUCUUACCUGUCCCUCAAGAUGUUCUCCAGAGAGGGAUGCAGGACUUACCUGUGAAUUUCGACUGAGAGCGUGGAUGGAAGAUUUGCUGAAGCUGUGUUCCUCCUGCUGGGUUUGGGCAUAACGAUUUAAAUUUUUUGUAGAGAUUGUGAAACUCCUCAUCACAAUAUCAUGCAAUUCCACGCUUUCUGUUGAGUUAAAAUAUUUUUCACUGGCUGUGUGCAAAGAUGACACAUUCCUGUGUACACUGAAACAGUAUAUCCACAACAAAUCAGAGCUUUGCACUUUUUUAUCAAUCUUCCCAAGUUAUGUAUUUUAAAACCAGCCAACAUAUAUCAGUCAUCAACAAUGACACUGAGUAUAAACAUGAACCUUGUAAGCAAGGACAAGAAGUUUGAUACUUACCAUGAUGUGAGUGAAAGAAUCUGGGCAGCAACAGCGCUGCAUUUACAAUAUGAUUUAUUUUUCUGUUAGCUAAAUAAGAAAUCCUUCUGAAAAUUUGCCUCUCCACUUACAAAUAUGGGGCUAAAAAACAAUGCAAAAUGCACAAUCUCUUUGUGUCCAGAGGCCUCAUAUAGAAAGUAGGAAGAUUGUUUCAAUGUUUAAAAUAUCUAUGUUGCCAUUUUCAACGAUAUAGCUGCUCUGCUCUCUUGAAAUAUUCUGUAUACUAUUAGCAAAUUAUUUUUAAAGGCCCCAGCUUAGUGAUGGGAGUUUUGAUUCUGUAGAAUGGAAAAAGAAGGUUUUGAAAUACUUCAGAUUGCUUGAAGUAUGUUGGUCAUAUGAAAACAUCUUUAAAACCAGUGUUUUGUUUAAAGGCAAAUACAGCCUUCGUUUCUGCAGUCCAAACCUUGCAGCAUAUUAUGAAAAACUGGGAAUUGGAACUGAGAUGUAGAAUGAACAAGGAUUAGAAAUUGUAAAAUGGAGCCUGCACUUACAGAAUGUGCACUUUUUUAGUAAUCUAAAGUAAGAUUUAUUUUUUAAUAACUAUAAUUUCAACAGAGAUACUUUCCUAAUUAUGAAGGCUUAAAUAAAAUGGAAUGGCUGCACAGUAGUUUCUGAGAUAGUCACAGCAUAACACACCACAGCCUUUUGGAGAGAGCAAUUAUAGUCCUUCAGAAAUACUAUAUUACUGGACACAGUGUCUUUAUGUAUGUGUACUGCUAUGGUAAUGGAAUUGUUAGAAUACUUUGGAAAUUUCAGCAAAAUAAUAUUCAUUUUUCAUUUUCUUUUGAAGCUUCUUUAUAUAAACCUGUGUUCAUAAGUCAGAGGGUUUGUCAAAGAUCUGAGUUUAUAUAACUGCAUAGUGGAUUUUUUUGGAGUAAGUCAGGACUUUUUUAUUCAAAUGUUGCAUGUUGAGGGAGGAAACCUAAUUUUGGAAUACAUGGGUUUUGGAUAAGAGUUUUGAGGUUGUACUAUAUAGUGAUCAACAAAUUUACAGUGUGCUCCUGCUGCUCAUAAAGAUUUAACAGUUGGUAUUGAAAUACAGUAUUGAUUAAAUAAAAAAUAAAAAAGUAAAAAUUAAAGAGUUGUCUUUUAAAUUUUCUGUUGUUUAGACUAAAAGUGAAUUGCUCAGUGGAAUGGUGAAACUGGGAAGCUCGGUGCUGGGUGCUUGAGAAUGUGGAACACCUUAGAAUGAAACAGUACUCUUUGAUUUGCAUUAAA